UUUGUUUUGAUUUGUAAAUUUCCACGUUUUUUUAUUUUUGUAAAGAGAGCUAAUUUAACAGCAAUAUUUUUACAAAUAAAUUUAAUGGAUUUUGCCCGUAAGAUCCUUUUAAAUUGUGGCUGGAAAGAUGGCGAUGGUUUGGGAAAAAAGAGAGAUGGGAUUGCUAAACCUUUAAGAGCCACAUUAAAAUUUGAUAAUGCUGGUUUUGGUGCAGAUCAGGCUGCAUCCGAUUUUAAUAACCACUGGUGGGAGAGGGUAUUUAAUGAAGCCGCAACCAACGUCAAUGUUAACCAUGAAGGAGAACAAAUAAAAAUGGGUUUAAAAGAUGAUGAGGAUGCUGUUGAAAUUUCGACUAAAAGUUACUCUAUUAAAAAGCUGAAAAAAUUAAAAAAUAGAGGAGAAUCCAGUGAAAUGAGAAAUGGUUACGAGAAUUUCUUGCAAGCAGCAACCUUAACCAAUUUAGGCGAUGAAAUUGAAAAUCCCGAUAAAAUAGAUACCAAUGAUAUUGAGGUGACUAAAGUGAAAGUGUUAACGGAUGAGGAAUUGUUUAAAGCUUGUGGCGGUAGAACUGCACACAAAGGAGCUCGUCAUGGCUUAAACUUAAGCGGAAAACUAGCAAGAAUUGAACAACAGGAAGCAGAAUUGUUGGCUAAGAUGAUGGCAAAGCGCAACCAGGAACAAUUUACAGAACAAAAAUUGAAGAAAAAGAAAAAUAAAAUUAAAGAUAAAAUACAGGCAGUAGUUGAAUUAGAUCUUGUUGAAAACGAUAAAUUGAAGAAAAAGAAACGUAAACACUGUGAAGUAGAAUGUACCGUAGAAGAUGUUCCAUCCAACCAGAAAACAACGGUUGAAAAAUGUAAAAAGAAGAAAAAAAAACAUCUUUCUGAAAUAGAAUCUGAUGCAAUUGAUCAAAAUUUGGAAACUGUAAAUAUGGAAGUAAUACCUCUGGAGACUAAUGAUGAAUUAAAGCCUUUAAAAAAUAAAAAAAAUAAAAAUAAAGACAAAAUAUUGGAGGUUGAAAUUGAUGAAAUCGUACAUAAAAAGAAAAAAAAGAAAAAUAAACAUAAAGAUAUUGAACAUUAAGAAUAAAA